CCAACCUCCAGCCCGGAGCCGGGCGCCCCGCCGCCGGCCCCCGCUCCCCAUCCCGGCUCCGGCCCCGCUCCGCCGAGCGCCAUGGACACAUAGCCGUGUGGCCACGGCAGGAAGAUGCGCAGUCCCAUCCCAGGUCUGGGCAGGGUGAUGGUGUUCCUCGCAGCAGCCCUGGCGUCAGCCUCCCUGGCCAUCCCCGAGGGCUGGGGAGAGGAAGGUGUGCAGUACGGACAGGUGGGGACAGACGUAACCCUGACGUGCGCCGGUGCCCACACCGGCUCGCCGGUGCAAUGGAGGCGGGCGGGUGCUGUGGAGCUGCCGGAGGGCUCGGCCAUCCAUCAGGGAGCCCUGGUGCUGCCACACGCCGGCUUGGCCACCGCGGGGACCUACAGCUGCCAUGGCGAGGACGGCGGCCUCCUGCACGCCAUGUCCCUGCGGCUGGGGCACCUGCCAGGGGUCCCCUUUGUGUCCUGCAGAGCAUCCGACUAUGAGAACUUCUCCUGCUCCUGGACGUCCAGCGUGGAGACCUUCCUCCCCACCAGAUACAUCACCACCUACAGGAAGAAAUCACUGACGGGUGAAGAGAAGCGGAGGAACAAGAAUGGGCACGUGGGGCUGUGCCUGCAGGAUCCAUCACGCCCCGGCACCUGCACCGUCCACGGGUCAGAGUUCUGGAGCUCCUAUCGCCUGAACAUCACCGAGGUGAACCCCCUGGGCUCCAGCUUCCGCCUCCUCGACGUCACCAUGCAGGCCAUCAUUAAGCCAGACCCUCCGGAGGGCUUGGUGGUAGAGCCCAUCCCCUUGGCCCCACGGCGCCUCCACGUCAGCUGGAAGUACCCCUCCUCCUGGCCCAAGGAACCCCACUUCCAGCUCAGGUUUCGGCUCCAGUACCGGCCCGUCAUCCACCGCUCCUGGUCCGUGCUGGAGACGGUGAACCUGUCCGAGGUAAUCACGGAUGCCUUCGCCGGGCUGGAGCACGUGGUCCAAGUCAGUGCCAAGGAUUUCCUGGAUGCGGGGAACUGGAGCGAGUGGAGCACUGAGGCCCGGGCGACGCCGGUCAGAGACCUGGCAACCACAGCGAGUGAAGAAACCACUACCGAUGCCAGCCUGGAGAGCCUGGCCGAGGAGCCUUCCCAGGCUCCCAACCCUGAGCCCAUCAACCGCAGUGACCCCCUGGAGAAGAUGGCCGUCCUGGUGUCACUCGGGAUCUUUGCCUUCUUUGUCCUGGCUGCUGUUCUCGUCAUCACCAUCCUCAUCUGGCUCCGGGUGAGGAAACACGUCAAGGAGAAGACCAAACCUCACAACUUUUUGGUUGCUGCCACCCACUUGAAGGCACUGCCGAAGGCCCAGAUCCUGUAGUGAGCUCUGGCCGAUCCCAGCUCCCUGCACCUGCUUGCCCACGCGUGGGACUUGAUGCUGCUGCUUGGCCGCCAAGGACCCCACACCUCCCGGGUCGCCCACAGCCGUGGACAUUGCCAGAGCCCCCAGCACCUUGGGGGUGCAGGAUGGAUCCUAAGAAGAGAGACUCUGCUCCCAGGAGCUUUGGGCUGCCUGUGCCUGCCAGGAGCCACCUGGAGGCACCUUGGACUCGGCGAUGGGCCAGCCCCACCGCCAAGAGCUGCUGAACACAUUUGGGGAUAAGACACUGAGCCAGCCCCACUUCACUGCCUAGUGUUGAGGGGGACCAUGGGUGCAGGCUCCCAGGGGUGCCGGGCAUCAGCAAGUGGGGGAUGCUGAGCCCUGCCCGUCACCCCCCACCAGCAGGCAGAAGGGACCCCCCCAUCCCUCUGCCCCUCUCCACCAUGCUGUGGCUGGAUGGAGCAGUGAUGCCAAUAAAGGGGGUAGCAUUGGCACUGCCCAGGCAAGAUCCCCCCCUUGCAGAUGGUGCUGGGCCAGGGGAGAGGUGAAUGGCACCGGGUGAAGUGCCAGCAUGGGGAUGGUCCUUGCAGGAGGUGGACAGGCAGCAGGGCCGCUCCCCAAACAGGUCAGCCCCCUCCCCAGGCGCCUAGAGGGGCUGAGAGAGACCCUCGCCCGGGCCAGCCCUUGCUGAGUGCCAGAAGAGGUUGCAGGCAGCUGCCUGGGACAUCUCCCCUGCCCUCACCAGCCCGGCAGCAGGGACAGGACCCUCUGCACAGCCCCCCUUGCUCGACUUGUGGCCCCCCUCCUCACACCUCGACACAGCCCCUCUAAUGGCUUCCAUCUGUUGGCACCUCCCGACCCCGGUGCUCAGUGCCAGAGCCCGAUGAGAUCCAGAUGGGGCUGGGUGGAAAGUCAGGCAGCGGCGGCGCGGGGAGCAGAGCCAGCACCAGGGCGGGGGAGGAGGGCCUGCACCCACCCCCACCAGGGAGAUGUGUCGCUCUGGGCUGGGCAGCGGGGCUGGCCUUCAACCUGGGGUGCAGAGGGAGCCUGGAAGAUGGGGACAUCCCAAAAGGGUCCUCGUGGGGACUGGGUUGGAGGGGACCAGGGCAGGGCUGUGGCUUUUCCAAUGGCUUGUGAGCCCACAGACCCCUCUGCCCUCACUGGGUGCCCCUGCUCGCCCACUCCUGGUGCAGGAACACGGGGUCUUGGUUUUGUGGGGUCCCAGCCCCUCACUGCCCCUGGUGAACACGCUCACCCUGGAUGGGGGACAUGGGGCUCAGCCCUCCAUCUACAGAGUGUUACUGCAGUGGCACCAUCGUUGGACAGGAGCAGGGCUCUCCACAGAGCAAGUAAGGCAGGUCACCAAGCUGAGGAGAUGUAAGGGACCAGAUCCUGCCUGGGCUUCUGGGCCCAACAGCCACAUCCCCUCUCCUAAGUGCAUCCCAGAACUUGCCAGCUCCAGCUGUGCCACACUGCCAUCACGUGCUGGACUCUGGUCCCCAGCAUCCAACCCAGCCAGCACCUUUUCUGAUGUGUCACAGUCACCCUUCCCUCCCCUUGCUCCCCGGCAUGGCAUAGGCAACCCUGUCCUCUUGUAAACCUGCUCUUAUCACCACCAGAUUCCACCCCCCUGCCACUGUGGAGAGGAUCAGGGCUGUGGUUUUCCAUAGGAUGCUGUUGAACAUGGGUGAUGGCCACCCCAUAGCUGUGGCUCCAGCAUUUGCAAACUGAGCUCGGUGGUUUCCCAGCAUCUGGUGCUGGUUUAGAGGCUGACGCCUGCUCAAGACACAGGAGCAAAAUGGCCAAAAAAUGGGAGAGUGUGAGCCGGCAGCUCUGGCCCCUGUAUCCUGCCUGCUUAUUAACUCCAUAGUCAAUGCAUGCUCCAAAUAGAAGGGGGUUGCUGCUGGCUGUGGGGAGCAGAGACCACUGGAGCAUCAUACAUCCACAAGGGAAUGUGUGGGCAAGCUCAGGUGGGUAGAAGAGAAAUCACAGCCAUAGCUGUGCUGUCCCCAUGUGCCAAGCCCUGCGUCCCCUUCCUUAGCUGCCUGACCAGGCAGUGGGGACAGCCAGUUAUGGUGGCCGUGGCAGCUUGAGGAUAGGAGAUGUACAUCUGGUCCUCAUCACUGCAUCCUGCUGCCCUUGGCCCAGGAUGGUGACUCCAUUCCUCUCUGAUGAAAGCUCUGUAGACAGGUCCUGCCACCCAUUUGGCAGCUGGAGAUACCAAGAGCAGGUGAGAGGUCUGCACACCACCAAAAAGUCCUGCCUGCCUGCACUGCGGCCCCAUGGCUCAGCUCCCUGUCCCAGACAAGGGUAUCGGGGACCCCAAGGAAGCAGCAAGUUCAGUGGUUGGUGGGGUAAAAAUGCUUGGUGGUGAGUGCUGCGCUCCCAGCUUCCCCAGGAGAGGAUGCCUUGGUGCUGGAAAUGGGCAAACAGGGCUUUCCACCGGACCAGUGGAGAAGCAAGGGGAGGGCUAGGGUGAGCAGCAAUCUGGGAUAAAGGACAGGCCUCCAGAUGCCAAAGUCAACUUUGCCUUCAAGCCGUGGAGAAGAAAAACAGGAAGGGACCAUGAGAGCAGUCCCAGUGCCGGCACCUCCCUGUCCCACCGCGGGGCCAGGGCACUUCCUCCAGGGCUCGGGCUCUUCCCAGGCUCUUCGGUGGUUGGCGCAGCCACUGAGUGAGCAGGAGGAUGCCUGCUGUCGCCUGGAGCCCUGCCUGGACGCACCCUGCCCGGAUAGGCAGAGGCACUUCCAAACUUGCCUUGCUGCUGUAUCCCACCCUCCCCAGGGCGGAUGCUGUGCCAAGAUCGCUGGGGAGGUGGGACAAGUCAGGCCUCGGAUGCUGAGGCUGUGCCAGCUCGAAGCAGCCUGUGGGAUGCAUCCACGAGGAUCAGGGAUAGGUCCAGCUCCCUGGCGUGGGACAGGGACCAGCCCAAGCCCAGCAGGAGAAAAGUACAAGAGAACAUGGCCCGGCGCCUGUUGGGGUCCCAAAAUUUCCAGCAGGCAAUGCU